UGAGACUGGGCCAUUCUCUUUAGUGUUUGCCCUGUCUGCCUUGUACUUGCCACCACUUCACAAACAUUUAAAUUAAAAUAACAAGGGAAACACCGCAGUUGGGGGAAAAAUUAAACACAAAUACCCCACGCACCAUAGCCCAUGGAUUAAAUAACAUCUGGACUGAAAGAUUCAAAGGAAGGGCUUAGUCUCACUCCAAACACUACGCCAACACCGCCUGCCUCCGAGCCGCCUCACCCAGCAACCCAGCCGUCAGCCUGUCAGUAUGUCCCAGGUCCAGUUCCAGCUGUCCCCGGGCAGCCCUCUCUCCAGUGCUGCGCCCCUGCAGCUCCCCCAGCCCGGGUUCAGCAUCCCCUGUGCCUCCGGGACCCUGCCCUCUGAGAGUGCCAGCCACCCCCUCCGAAGCUCCGCCCUGCCUUCUGCUUCAGCCACGCCCUUCAGCGCACCUGCAGUACCUAACAUGGCAAACCCUAAAGAGAAGACCCCCAUGUGUUUGGUGAAUGAGUUAGCCCGUUUCAACAAGAUCCAGCCCGAGUACAAGCUGCUCAGUGAGCAGGGACCAGCUCACUCCAAGAUUUUCUCAGUACGGUUAACGCUGGGUGAGCAGUAUUGGGAGGCUGAUGGAACCAGCAUCAAGAAGGCCCAGCACUCUGCUGCUGCCGCUGCCCUGGCGCACACCACGCUGCCCAAACCCAGCGCACGCAGCCCCCGCAACACAGGCAAGAACCCAGACAGUAUAACCCACACUGUGGAGCUAAAUGCACUUUGUAUGAAACUGGGUAAGAAACCAAUCUACAAGCCUAUUGAUCCAUACCCUGGAAUGAGGCCCAGCUUCAACUACAGUGUCAGGGCCCCCGGCCCAUAUCCACGAUACUACUACCCGUUUCCACCUGUGGGGCCGGUUUUGUACCAUAUGGAGCUGUCGAUCGGGGGCCAGCAGUUCCACGGGAAGGGCCGCACGCGGCAGGCGGCCAAGCACGACGCCGCCUCCAAGGCCCUGAAGACACUGCAGAAGGAACCGUUGCUGGAGCAGCUGCCAGAGAUGAAUGGGGAGCUAACAGAAGAGAACCUUAACAAAUCAGAAAUCAGCCAGGUGUUUGAAAUUGCACUGAAGAGGAACAUGCCUGUGAAUUUUGAGGUACUGAAGGAGGCGGGCCCUCCCCACAUGAAGAGCUUUGUCGUGCGGGUGACAGUGGGCGAGUUCACAGGCGAGGGGGAGGGGAAGAGCAAGAAGAUUGCGAAGAAGUGCGCGGCGGCCGUGGUGCUGGAGGAGCUGCGCAAGCUGCCUCACCUGCCCGUGGUGGAGAAACUGCAGCCGCGCAUCAAGAAGAAAACCAAGUCCAUUGUGAAGCUGCAGACCAGCCCAGAGUAUGGCCAGGGCAUGAACCCCAUCAGCCGCCUGGCACAGAUCCAGCAGGCCAAAAAGGAGAAGGAGCCGGAGUACAGCCUGGUGACGGAGCGGGGGCUGCCCCGGCGUCGAGAGUUCAUCAUGCAGGUGAAAGUGUGUGGCCAGUGCGCGGAAGGGAUGGGUCCCAGCAAGAAGGUGGCCAAGCGCAACGCGGCCGAGAAGAUGCUGGAGCUGAUGGGGUUCAAAGUGCCUCAGCCUCAGCCCCCCAAACCGGCGCUCAAAACUGAGGAAAAGCCGCCAGUCAAGAAGGCAGGAGAUGGACGGAAAGUGACAUUCUUUGAACCUGGCUCGGUGGAGGAGGGGGCAGGGGGUGCCAAGGAGGACGAGUUCCGUCUGCCCUUCCUGAGCCACCAGCAGCUGCCGGCGGGCAUCCUGCCCAUGGUGCCAGAGGUGGCACAGGCUGUGGGGGCCAACCAGGGGCCCCACUCCAAGGACUACAGCCGCGCCCCGCCAAACCCGGCGAAGGCCACCCUCACUGCCAUGAUCGCCAACGAGCUGCUGUACGCCGGCACCUCCCUGACCGCCGAGACCAUCCUGAAGAGCAACAACAGCCUAACCCACCUGCCCCUGGGGCCCCUCACACGGCCCUCCGAGCAGCUGAGCUACCUGGCUACAGUGCAGGGUCUACAGGUGGAAUACAAAGACUUCCCCAAAAACAACAAGAAUGAGUUUGUGUCACUGAUCAACUGCUCUUCGCUGCCACCUCUCAUCAGCCACGGGAUUGGGAAGGAUCUGGAUUCCUGUCACGACAUGGCUGCACUGAAUAUAUUGAAGCUACUGUCAGAGCUGGACCAGCAGCCUAAUGACAGGACAGGGAAUGGACCAAUCUCUGGAUGUGGCAAGCAGGAAAUCGAAGGUGAUUCUCUCCUUAAACAGGCUAACUCAAGCACCCUAGGACAAACUCUGGAUGGCACUGUGUAAACAUUUUUCAAGGGGACGUUGGGCGAUUGAGAAAGCACCAGAGAAAAAUCAGACACUGUGUUUCUGUGUAACUCAGCUGUUUUAGAGGGCUACAGUUAGAUUAAGCCACUGUAGUAAGUCAUCACAGUUGCUAAAUGUUACAUAAUGUCCACAGUUAAACAAGAUUGAUAAACAAGACUGCUUAAUGUUGUUUAAUUGUAUACAUUUUUUUUUUCCUAGAAAAUAGUUAAGAAAUUAUCUCAUAUCCAAGAAUAUGCCAGGUUAUUUCUUUUCAGGUUUCUUGAGAAGAGAACACUAAGGAGAAAUGUGAAUGUUUGAGUAGAUUGGUUUGUUUCAUUCAAAGUGGGAGACUUAAGUUGUUUUGUUUUAUUUUCUUUUUUAAAAACCCCAGUGUUAAUUCCAGGGCGUGUUGUGUUAGCACUUGUGCAAUGCAGUCAGGCCCCAUGGAAAGGUAUGACAAUGCUAGCAAACCACUGUUGAUUUUCCUUGAGUGCUUUAACAAGAAAAAAGUGUUUAUCUACAUUUCCAUGUAGGGCUGAAAAGGUUUUGUGACUUAAUGUACUGUUUGUGAUGUCCUGUGAUGUUGCCCCCUUCCCUGAUAUUGUGGGGGCAAUAAAAGUUUGUUGCGUAUGGUGCAAGCACCUCCCCUCCGCCUCAAUCCCACCCAAAUGCUUCUGCUCUUCAUUGUAAACCAUCACCUUUCUGCUCC